AUGGACAACGCCGCGACUUCUGAGAUUGCCUCGCUGAUCCAAAACGCACACAUCAAGCGCAGUCCCUCGCCGCGACACGACCUCAACCCAUCAACAACCGCAUCCGAGAAACAGCCCGUCCACCUGGAUGCACACCCGGACCCCGAUGCCUCCGACGUAGACGAGGAUGAGGUUCCUCUCAGUGUCUUACGACCUGUUCCCCGGCGGCACGCGAUGCCGCCGCUCCCCGACCUGCGCUUGGAGCAAACCUACCUAAAGAGCAUCGAGCACGCAGAGUCAUGGCAGGCUGUGGCGUGGAUCACCUUCAAGGACCACGUUCUUCUGUGUUUUGCUCAGGGGCUACUCUGGACGCUUGUACUGAGUGGCUGGAGGCAUGUAAAUCGGUCGUCCAAGUUCAGCGGGCGAGGUGUCGGUGCCCGGUUACGGAGGUGGUGGUGGGACGUGAACAACUGGAAGAUACCCGAGGAAGGCUCGAAGAUGAAGAACGACAAGCUGGCAAAGAACGUUUCGGAGGUGAGUGCUGCCUUUGUGAAUGUCUGA